AACCUCGCCAUUUGAUCGAAACGUGGUCAUCCAUUGGCUAAACGUAACUGCGUCAGCGUUGUUACAAACUGAGGAGUUGUGGCUACAUCAGCGGGAUGCGCAGCUGACAACACAAGAAGGAAAGCGACUCGAGCCUCAGAAAGUCGGUCGGACAUUUUUAACAUGAAGAAACAACUGUGAGGUGUUUUAUUAUUGUUUUUACACAGAGUGAAAAUGAACCGAAUUCUGAGCGGAGCCGUUUGUUCUGCGCACUCGAAGCUGCUGAAGGGGGUUGCAACCCGUCAGCUCCAACACAGCUCUUGUGAUGUGGCCAUCGUCGGAGCUGGCAUCGUGGGCCUGGCUUCAGCCAGGGAGCUGAUCCGUCGACACCCUUCGCUCAGCUUUGUCCUGCUGGAGAAAGAGAAAGAACUUGCUGUACACCAGAGUGGGCACAACAGCGGAGUCAUCCACAGUGGGAUCUACUACACGCCAGGCUCGCUGAAGGCCCGGCUGUGCGUACGGGGAGCAACAUUAGCCUACGAGUAUUGUGAAAAGAAGGGAAUUCCCUAUAAAAGAUGUGGGAAGCUAAUUGUCGCCGUGGAGCAGGAAGAGAUUCCCAGACUGAGAGCUCUGUACGAGCGUGGCAUGAAGAACAAUGUACGUGACCUCCACAUCGUCGACGCCAAGGGGAUCCGGGAGCGAGAGCCUUACUGCAGGGGGAUAAUGGCCUUGGAUUCGCCCUACACUGGCAUCGUAGACUGGAGGAUGGUUGCUCUCAAGUACAGCGCUGAUUUUAAGGAGGCAGGUGGCACAGUAGUAACUCAGUAUGAGGUCAGUGACAUUUCUACAGUCAAAGAGAGCCCAGCCGGGUGCUCCGAAGGGAUGAAAUAUCCCAUCACAGUCAGAGAUAAAAAGGGUAACGAAGUGCGGUGCCGUUACGUCCUGACCUGUGGGGGGCUGUAUUCAGACCGCCUGUCACAGAUAUCUGGAUGCAGUCGGGAACCAAGGAUUGUCCCCUUCAGAGGAGAUUAUUUGGUCCUGAAGCCAGAGAAACGCUAUCUGGUUAAAGGAAACAUCUACCCUGUUCCCGACCCUCGCUUCCCGUUCCUCGGGGUUCAUUUCACCCCCAGGAUGGAUGGAAAUGUUUGGCUCGGCCCCAAUGCGGUCCUCGCCUUCAAAAGAGAGGGUUACAAGAUGUACGACUUCAACCCACAGGACUUCGCCGAUGCGCUGUCCUACAGAGGCCUCCAGAAGCUGAUCCUGAGGAAUGUAACUUAUGGUGUAGGAGAAAUGUAUAGAGGAGUAUUUAUUGGUGCACAAGUUAAAAUUCUGCAAAAGUACAUCCCUGAGAUGUCCCUAAAGGAUGUUCUCAGGGGUCCCACGGGAGUUCGAGCUCAGGCCCUGGACCGUGACGGAAACCUUGUAGAUGACUUUGUGUUUGAUGGAGGAGUUGGAGAUGUCGGAAGCCGGGUGCUCCACGUGCGUAACGCUCCUUCGCCAGCGGCCACCUCCUCCCUCGCCAUCGCUGAAAUGAUUGCAGAUGAGGUGGAGAACCGCUUCACACUGUAGAGACAGAAGAUCAGGGAGGAGAAAGAAGCCUCCAAUCUCAGACUGGCCUUAAAGACUGCUCUCACUUAAGUGCCAUACCAUGUUUACUCCCUCACAUCACUGAAAAAACCUUAUUUAUUUUUUGGACUACAUUUCUUACUAAAAAUAAAGCUCAUAAGAUUCUUUUAGCAGAAAUUGUUAAAAUCAAAUAAGGCAUUGGUUGUUAUUUGUUUAUUUAAUGGAAUGUGAAUUUGUUUUAAAUUUGAAAUAUCUUAUUUAGAUUGUUGAGAUUGUAGUUUCCUUAAAAAAAGACUAAAUUGAACUAUUUCAAAAGUUUUUAAAGCUUUUUUCUUUUGUUGUCACUCAGAACUGCUGUAAUUUGAUUCUAUUUUGAACAUUUUAAAUCUUCCUCUGUUGUGGUAUAACUCUUAUUGUUAAAUGAAUGCUUGGGUAUUUUUCAUAGAUAUUUAUUUUUCAAAUAGCACACGUGUCUGCAUUUUGAGACGUUCUUGCCUCUAAACGUUUAAAUAAAUGUGAUUAAGAUGAAAAUCAAAGCUUACUGUGAAUUCGUGGAACGAGCAGAUAUUCUGUUUGUCCACCAGAGGGCAGAAUCACAAAUAAACGCUUUUAUGGUUGGUAAAUGCACAAAAUCUGUCUUUUGUUACAUGUUAAUAUCACAACCAGUUGGUCAGUGUUUCUAAUAGUAAUAAAAUUAUUACAACA